AUGACUCAACGUCCCGUGUCUGAGCAAUUUAAUCUUCAACAAAAGCCGGGAUCUAAUCCACAAUACCGCCAGUCGGCAGACUUAUCUCACCUAAGUCAACAACCGACGAAUAAUAGAAGCUCCCGUCCAACCUCCGAAAUAUUCUCCGCAAAUAACCACAAUACAUAUCAAUCACCUGAAGCUGAAGCCAUUGAUAAAUGGUUUGAAGAUCUUCAACACUAUGAACAAACUCUUGAAGAAAUGGCAACCGCUAGGUUGGAUCAAAAUUUUAAAGAAGAACUUGGUGCCAUAGAACAAUGGUUUCGUGUAUUAUCUGAAGCUGAACGAACUGCUGCUUUGUAUAGCUUAUUACAACAUUCAACUCAAGUACAAAUAAGGUUCUUCAUAACUGUUUUACAACAAAUGGCAAGAAAUGAUCCGAUGGGUGCUCUCUUGUCACCUGCUAACCCUGAGAAAGAUUUGAUGCAAGCUCAACUGGCAGGUGCUAUGGCUAAAGCUGAAGUUGAAGCUAAACUUGCCGGUAUGGCUCUUAAAUCUCCAACAAGUCCAACUUAUGCACGUCGUUUAUAUGAUCGAAAUCCUGGCGUUGAUUUCUUAUCCCCUGAAACUGCUAUUUAUACCGAUCCUGCUGCUGCUCUCGCUCAGCAAAGAGCUCGCCUUCAAGCUGGUAAUCGUGGUACUUUUGCUCUUCCUUGGUCUCCUGCUGGUUAUUCUAUGCGUUCUCCUCGAUCUGGUAAUGCUUUUGAUGGCGAGCUAUCUCCUCUUGUCGGUGGAAGUUGGGCUAGUAUGGUAUCAACACCUGUGGUUCCGAUGUUUGCUGAAAAACCUAAACAAACUACUGAUGUAGAUAUGGUUAAUAAAAAAUUGUCAAAUUGGAGUGUGAGCAAUAACUCGGUGGUGUUAGAAAGUGAUGUUAAAAAAUUCCGUCGGAAUCAUGGAAAAUCUAGUUCUGGUGUUCCUGCUACUGUUCAAGAAGAAAAAUUUAAUUCAAAUCAAACAAAUAUUGUUUUAUCUAUGUACGAUACUGAUGGGAAUAUCCGUUCACCUCAACAUUCUCCUAUUCCAAGUACAAAGUCUAUUUCCAGGCAGAAUUCACGUCCUACUUCUCCUAAUCCUAAUCCUCCAGGAUUGUAUCCCGCUCAUUCUAAUUGGAAUCAAAAUACUGGUGGAGGUAAACAUACUCAUUUAACACCACCUAAUGUUGGCCAUUAUAAUGAAGAGAAUGGUGAAGUAGUUGGAUAUCAUAGUGAUCAUAGUGAUGCUUCUCAUAAUAAUAAUCCUCCUUCAAAACAUGGUAAAAAUAAAAAGAAACAAAAUGAUGAUACCGUUGAUUUCAACUUAUUGCAAGAUAUUCCUGCUUGGUUACGUAGUCUUCGUUUACACAAGUAUACCCCUGUAUUUGAAGGAAUGAUAUGGCAAGACAUUAUUGAAUUAGAUGAUUCUUCGCUAGAACAAAAAGGUGUUGCUGCACUCGGUGCUAGACGCAAAAUGCUUAAAGAAUUUGAUAAGGUUAAGAUUGCCAUGCAACAGGUCGAAAAAGGAACAUGA